CCCUCCGCUGCCCUAUUUAUAGCCCGCGCGCCGCCGCAUGCCCACACCAAGAGCCAAACACCACAUCACCACCACCACCACCACACCCGCCGAGCACUGCCACCGUACCACCGGAGAGCUCUCAGAUCGGAUCGGGUUCGCCGGAGCAGAAGAGACGAUGAUGCAUCGCACCGCCGGCCUCGACCUGGGCCUCGGUCUGGGGCUGGGGCUGGGCCUCGCGUCCCAGGGCAGCCUCACGUCCUCCACCACCACCGCCUCCUCCUCCCCGUCGACCCCGGCCUCCCAGGCUCACGCGCACUGGACCGCCGCGCUCAGCUCCGUCGUCGGCCUGCCGCAGGACUGUGGAGUCCUGCGGAAGGAGGAGCCGGGGAUGCGGACCUCCACGUCGCCCGAGAGCGGCGUCAGCGGCGGCACCAAGCGGGGCCUGCUGGACCGCACCGGGUCCGGCGUCUCCCGCGGCGCCGCCGCGGGCAGCGACGAGGACGACGACGGCGGCGACGGCGCCGGCGGCCGCAAGAAGCUCCGGCUCUCCAAGGACCAGGCCGCCGUCCUCGAGGAGUGCUUCAAGACCCACAGCACGCUCAACCCCAAGCAGAAGACGGCGCUGGCGAACCGGCUGGGGCUGCGGCCGCGGCAGGUGGAGGUGUGGUUCCAGAACCGCCGGGCGCGCACCAAGCUCAAGCAGACGGAGGUGGACUGCGAGUACAUGAAGCGCUGGUGCGAGCAGCUCGCCGAUCAGAACAAGCGCCUGGAGAAGGAGGUGGCCGAGCUGCGCGCGCUCAAGGCCGCGCCCGCCGCGCACGCGCAGCAGGCCGCGCCCGCCGCCACGCUCACCAUGUGCCCCUCCUGCCGCCGCGUCGCCGCCACCGCCGGUGCCGGACCGGCCGCCACGCAGCAUCAACAACAGCCGCAGCAGUGCCACCCCAAGCCCAGCGCCCAGCCCGCCGGCAACGUCCUGCCAAGCCACUGCCAGUUCUUCCCCGCCACCAGCGCCGCCGCCGCCGCCGCCGACCGGUCCGCGGCCAGGCAGCAGGGCGCGUGGAACGGCGCCGCGCAGCCGCUCGUCACCCGAGAGCUCUUCUGAGACGACGAGAUCUCGCCGCCGCGGUCGAUCGCGCGGGGGAUCUAGUUAAUCCAAGUUAUUAAUUAGGAGAUUUCAGGCGGCGGUCGAUCGUGUCAAUCAAUUAAUCAAUUGGCAAAUCAACCAGUCCGAUCGCCGGGUUAAGAUUUGAUUUGGUUUGGAUAGCACUAGUAAUUAGCGGCCCUAGUGAGAUCGUUGGUUUGGUUUGGUUUCCGGUUGAUUCGUUUUUCUUUUCUGCCUUUUUUUGAUCGGAUCGACGACGACGAACAAGACAGAAACAUGUUAGUAUAAGAGAUAAGAGAAGAAGAAGGAGCAAAUGGCUGUCUGCUUUUUCAUGGACGGCGUGUACCCAUCCACCAAACCCCUGCCGGUUGUUGGAUUAACAGCUUGUUGAUUGAUUUGUACUACUGCUGCUACGUACCACUAAUUGUUGAUUGGUUGGUUGAUGGAGGAAAUUAAUGAAAUCUUUCAUUCA